AUGCAACCUCAUCAAAGACCACCGGCACAGCUUGUCCCUCCGCCAGCCCCCGCACCUGCACCUCAACCAGCCAAAGAUCUCAGCAAGUACUCCGGUCUCGCCUGGCACGCCAUCAACACGAAAUAUUCGGACAGCAGAGGUAGCAAGGAGUACGAGAAGGCCAUACACGCCAUAGAGGAUGUUUGCGAGUACGUAGAAGCCAUUCGCGAAGCAGCAAUGCAAUCUGGUGCUGCUUUCAAGAUCAAGCAAAGUGCUCUGGAAACACUACGCAAGAUUGGGAAGAGCAUUUGUCUGUCGGUCGACGUUACUGGAUCGGAAGUGCGGAAAUGGUUCCAGUCCGAACGCUUUCUAGAUGAGGCAAUGCUUGAGGUACUAAAGAUAAUGACAGUGGAUGAGGUGUUAGCCGUUGCGCAUCAUACCGAUGAGAAAGGGCAGUUCUUCGACAAGUUGGAGGCGCUGUGA